AUGAGUGUUCUCGUGCAUGAAUUGCAAAAGGCUAGUAUGCAGGUACUGUAAGCAAUUAGGAAAUCUACUAGACUGAUACAGUUUAUUGAGUAGGGAAUUAAAUUAAAAAAUAUAUGGGUUAUGCAUCAGUUUUACAGGGCACUGUUGAGAUCACAUCUGGAGUACAUUGUACAAUAUUGGCUACCCUACUUAAGGUAGUGUAGCAGAGGUUCAUUAGGCCGAUACCAGGAAUGGCAACAUUGUCAUAUGAGGAGACAUGGGUUCGACAGGACCUGUAUUCACUGCAGUAUAGAAGAACGAGAAUGGAUCUGAUUGGCGUGUCUAAAAUACUAUCAGGAGUGGACAGACUAGAUGCAGGGAGAAUGUUUUCCUGGCUGGGAAGUCUGGAACCAGCGGUCAUAGUCUCAGUCUGAGGGUCAGCCCAAUUAGGACUGAGGUGAGGAAACAUUUCUCCACUCAGAGAGUGGUCACCAUGUGGAAUUCUGUGCCAUAGAAGGCUGUGAGUAUAUUCAAGCAAAAUAUUGAUACAUUUUUAGAUAUUAAAGGUAUCAAAGGGUAUGAGGAGAAAGCGGGAAUAUGGUGUUGAGCUGGAGGAUCAGCCAUAAUCAUAUUGAAUGUCAGAGCAGGCUAAAAGGGCCAAAUGGCCACCUGCUCCUAGUUUCUACUUAAAGAAGAUUAUAAGUUCAUUGAAGACAUUUCAGAGAAUACCAGACUAAUACCUGGAAUGGGCAGGUUGUCUUAUGAGAAUAAGUGAGACAGGCAAGAUAUGUAUUUGUGUGAGCUUAGAAGAGAGGGAGGCAACUUGAUUGAAAUGUUAAGAUCUCCAGUAGCUUGACAAGGGGGAUGUGAAAGGAUGUUUCUUCAAGGGGGACAAUCUAGAACUAGGGAUCACUAUUUAAAAAUAAGGGGUGACCCAAUUAAGACAGAGAUAAGACUAACCUUUUUUUUUCUCUUCACGUCUUUGAAACUCCCUCCUUCAAAAUUUAAUUGAACAAUUUAUUGUCAGUGAAAUGUGUAAAAUGUCGCCAUGCUCUGGUGCCAUUUUGAGGUACAGAAGAUGAUUAUUGUUAAGGAAGGGGUUGGAAGGUUAAUGGGGGGGAUAGGUGGAAAUGUAAUAUUGAGUUUACAAUUGAAUUAGCCAUGAUCUUAUUAAAUGCAGAGCAGGUUUGAGGAUCCAAAUGGCCUGCUGCUGAAUUGCAAGCUUGAUUGUUUUUCUGUACACCAUCCUCUCUCACACUUUCUUGCAUGUGUCUUGCCUUCCCAAGCUCCCUGGUGUUGACACUGGUGUUUAAAGAGCAGCUAGGUUGUGCGCUAAGGAACCACCCCCUCCCCCACUUUUAAUGCAGUUGCUGGGUCAGUGGGAAUGUCACUGGAUUAAUAAUCCAAUCAGUGCGACUAAUGCUGCAGCGGGGUCACAAGUUUAAAUCUCCCCACGGCAGCUGGUGAAAUUUAAAUUUGCUUAAUAAAUCUGGAGUGAAAAGCUAGUCUCAAUAAUGGUGAUCGUGAAAUUGUUGUUGGUUUGAGCAAAACUCCAACUGGUUCAUUAAUGCCCUUCAGGGAGGGAAAUCUGCCGGCCUGACUUGAUUCAACCUAUGUGAUUCCAGCUCCAGUGGUCGGCUCUUAACUACUCUCUGAAAUGGCCCAGCAAGCCACUACACUCCAGGCAAUUCAGGACAGGCAUCAAAUCCCAUGAAAAAUACUGUUUUCAGUUCCUAUGAGCGGAAAUUGCAUCUGGACUCUUCUCACGGUGAUCUGGAAAAGCACCAUCGCAAGAGGAAGCGGAGUCACAGCCAACAGGGCACCAGGUCCAAGAAAAGCCACUGUGACCAACUGGCACAGACCGAGACAGAAGGACAGCAGCCGGGUGAACCCAGUCAGCAGGAUGCCACUUGCAAGGUGCUGGAACAGGACAUUGCUAAAGUGGCCCUGGAAUCGCGACCACAAACCAAAGCAGACAGAUUGGAAGAGAGUGACGACAAGUCCUUGGGUAUCACUAGGCAGCAAGCUCAGCCAGAACAGAAGGCCUGUUCUCAAUGUGUGUCAGGGAGCUCGGUUGCAUCUUCCCAAGGGAGUCCAAGGGGAAGUUCGGUUAUUAGGAAACCCAGGUGGGAUUUCAGCAGGAUAAAGUUCCCCAAUGUUGGACGCGACUGCCCUCAGACCAAGCUAAUGGCACUCGACCCCACCCUCCUGCCACCGAACAUACCGGGCCGUGCCUCCGAUGAAGCUGCCUGGCAGCAGAAAAUAAACCUGAAGCGCGAGAACCUGUCCCAGAGAGAGAAGGAGAGGAUGAAGAAAGAAAGCAGGUAUAAAACAGACAUCAAUAAGGACAAGCGGGUGAGGCAGUGCACCAACUGGAAGGAGUACAAGGAGCUGCUCAAGUGGAAGCGUGCCAGAAAUAAAAAGUUACCUGCCCACCUGUGGAAGGACAAAGUGCAGCCGCUUCUCAAACCAGGCCAGGUCAGCUCAGCAGGAGAACUACAACAGCACAUCUGCAUCAUGCAGUCUACACAACUCUUGGAUCAAACUCCUUGGCUGCAGGAACCCUCUGAGAAAAUAAAGAUAGUCUUCGAUGUGUACCAGGCUGAUACUGUGGCGGAAUUCCGUAAAACCCAACCUGGGAAACCCUUUUCAAGGAUGUGUGUUUGCAGAAUUCAAACUGCCGGUGGAUGUCUACCCCUGAUGCUAUUGGAGCUUUGGACAGCCAGUAGUACAUUGCGCAUGCUCUCAGGGAUAUCCAGGACACUAACCUUCCGGAACUGUCCCAGCAGAAGUUUUAGAAAAACAGCAUUUGUAACCAUGGCAACAGGUGGCAGUGAUGGACCACGAUGUUCGUUGGGCCCAAAGACAAAGCGGCACACCAACAGAUUGAUCCAUGAGAAGUCUCCCUAUCUUUUGCAGCAUGCACACAAUCCUGUAGACUGGUAUCCGUGGGGAGAAGAGGCAUUUGCCAAAGCAAAGAAAGAAGACAAGCCAAUCUUUCUGUCAGUUGGUUACUCUACGUGUCACUGGUGCCAUGUUAUGGAACGGGAAUCAUUUGAAAAUGAAGAGAUUGGCAAAAUCAUGAAUGAGAAUUUUGUUUGCAUCAAGGUUGACCGAGAAGAGCGACCAGAUGUUGAUAAAGUUUAUAUGACGUUUGUCCAGGCGACAAGUGGUGGGGGUGGCUGGCCAAUGAGUGUUUGGCUAACCCCUGACCUCAAACCUUUUGUUGGAGGGACUUAUUUCCCACCUGAAGAUGGAUUCCACCGAUUGGGUUUUAAGACGGUGUUGAACAACCUGGCUGAACAGUGGAAAAGAAACCGGAAGGAGUUAACUGAACGUAGUAAUAAGAUCCUGACGGCCCUGCAGAAAGGGGUAGAAGUGAGUGCCAACAAAGAGGCAGUGCCUCCGUCAUGUGCCCGGGUGAUGCAGAGGUGCUUCCAGCAGCUGGUUCAUUCUUACGAAGAUGAAUAUGGAGGGUUCUCUGAGUCUCCAAAGUUCCCGUCACCAGUAAACUUCAAUUUUCUGUUCCGUUUCUGGGCUUUCAACAAGAGUGAAGAGAAAGGAGCCCAGGCGCUGCAGAUGGCUUUACACACUCUGAAAAUGAUGGCUCUUGGAGGAAUUCAUGAUCACAUUGGGCAGGGUUUUCAUCGCUAUUCCACAGAUGGGAAAUGGCAUGUUCCUCAUUUUGAGAAGAUGCUGUAUGAUCAGGGACAGCUGGCUGUGUCCUAUGUGGAAGCUUAUCAGAUUUCUGGUGACACAUUCUUUGCGGAUGUUGCUCAAGACAUUCUGCUGUACGUCUCCCGAGAUCUGAGUGACCCGUCUGGAGGUUUCUACAGUGCUGAAGAUGCAGAUUCAUACCCUACAACUCAGUCAGUUGACAAGAAAGAGGGAGCUUUCUGUGUGUGGACAGAGGAAGAAAUUCGACGACAACUCCCAGACCCAGUCCUAGAUGCCACUGAAAACAUAACCAUGGCAGAUAUCUUUUCCUAUCAUUAUGGUGUGAAAGAGGGUGGAAAUGUUAACCCAGCCCAGGACCCUCAUGGAGAGCUGGAAAACAAGAAUGUCCUCAUUAUCCGUCACUCAGCAGAGUUCACAGCUACCAAGUUUGGCUUAGAAGUGAAGAAGGUGAAAGACAUUCUAAGUACAUGUAGAAAAAGGCUGUAUGAGAUCCGGAAACAGAGGCCACCUCCCCAUUUGGACAGCAAGAUGUUAGCAUCAUGGAACGGUCUCAUGAUCUCUGGUUUCGCUCGAGUGGGUGCAGUUCUUGGGGAGAAGGGUUACAUUCAACGCGCAUUACAGGCUGCUGGCUUCCUGAGGGAGCACAUGUUCGACUCCAGCAGCGGUCGACUCUUGCGUAGCUGCUACCGCGGAGAUGAAUGUGCGGUGGAGCAGACAGCCACACCGAUCCAUGGGUUUCUGGCUGACUAUGCAUUCAUUAUUCGUGGCCUGUUGGACCUGUAUGAAGCUUCCUUUGAUGAACAGUGGUUGGACUGGGCUGUGAAGCUGCAGCAAGAACAGGAUUCCUUGUUCUGGGAUGCUAAAGGAUUUGCUUACUUUUCUGAUGAUGCCCAUGAUCCAUCAGUGUUAAUUCGCCUCAAAGAAGACCAGGAUGGUGCAGAACCCAGUGGCAAUGCAGUAGCUGCUUCCAAUCUCGUGCGCCUGGCGAAUUUCACCAACCGACCAGACUGGGGUGAUAGGUCAAGGCAGCUUGUGGCGGCAUUUACAAACCUGUUGGACAGUAUGCCCAUGGCACUGCCGGAAAUGGUAACUGCCCUGAUGUCACAACAUUACCCACUCAAACAGGUCGUGAUCCGCGGGGAGCUUGAAGCACUUGACACACAAGAGUUGAUACAGUGCGUCAAUAACCACUUUGUACACAACAAGAUAUUACUUCUGGCAGAUGGAAACUCCGAGAGCAGCUUGUAUCAGAUGUUGCCCUUCCUGUCAACACUCGUACUGAAGAAUGGUAAAGCCACAGCCUAUGUUUGCCAGAACUACUCCUGCUCCUUGCCAGUUACCUCAGCCAGCGAGCUACAGACUUUACUUGUUAAAUAAUAUUACGCAACAAUGGGCAAAUCAUUUGCUAUAAGUCUUUGCAAAUUUUAUGGAAUUUAAUUUUAAGUUUAAACUUCAAGAGUAAUAUUAUAUUUCUGGCCAAGUGGACAAGCUUCAAGAUGGUCGUAUGGGAUUGGUGAUUGUAUAUGUUCAAAACUAAUUUUUGCUUGAUUAUUAUGAUAUUUAAGUGGUUAUGAUGGGUCACAGUUUUGCUUAGUAUGACAUUAGCAAGAUGUAUGCAAACAUUCUCCUGUGCCCUGGUAUUGAGGGAAUUGUGCACUGCCAGAGGUUUCAUAUUUUUGGAUUAGACACAAAAUCCUUGCUCCAUCUACCGUCUUGGGUGUAUAUAAAAGAUCCAGGGGAUUUCUUCCUGGAAUCCUGGCCAGUGUUUAUCCCUCAGCCAGCACCAAAGGAAAAGCUUGUCAGUAGGUCAUUGCUGUUUGUAGAGCCUGCUUUAUCUACAAAUUGGCUGCUGCAGUCCAUACCUGGUAACAAUGACUACACUUCAGAAAUACCUUGUUAGCUGUAAAUGUUUGGGAUGUUCUGAGGUUGUGAAAGACAUUAUGCAAAUGCAAGUCUAUAUUCCUUUCCAUCCCAGACAGUGCAUUAAUCUAAUACACCUUUGGGGCUGUUUCCCGUGCCCCCACCCCCAGUAGCCAUUCACAGCAGGGCUUCACAAUCCAUCAGUGUACCAUGGAAGCACAUGCACCUGUGAAGUCAGUUUUAAUCUUCCCAGCACUCCACUGAUAAAUACAUCACCGUCUCCCUGGAGUGUCACUCUAAGGCUUAAGCACAGCAAUCUAAAUGGACACUCAAGCAUGGUACAUGGGAAAUACAGCACUAUCAGAGGGGUGGCCUUUCUGAUGAGAUAUCUAUCCUCUUAGGACACUGAGCUUAUGACCGCCCCAGCCCUUGGUUGGGACCGAAGCAUUAUCAUAGAAUCUGUAGAAUCAUUAGCUUGAGUUCUGAAGUAACAGGGGCAGCUGCAGAGUGGAGAGAGAUACAAACGGGACAGUCCUAGGAUGAGCUUCAGGACUUGUGUGUGUUUUUUUUUUCAUUUUUGGCCAACCAGUUGUUUGCAUUUUAAAUAAAUGACAUCUGACAACUCUUCAUUGCCUCCAUCACAGUAUUCAGAAAGAUUAGUAAGACAACUGUUGCCCGCUCCCACAGUGUGCUCAUAUGUCCUAUGACCUCUCCCUGGUCCAGACUUGAACCCAGGCCUAUCUGACCCAGAGGUAGGAACGUUGCCACUGCCACAAGAACGCCUCUGUCCCAAACUUUUUUUAUCCCUCAGUCAGCAUGCUAAUUCAGAUUACUAGGUCCUUAUUAUAAGACUGCUUCAAAAGUACCUAACUGGCUGUGAAGUGUUUGCAGGAACAUGUGGUCCCUACAUAAAUGCGAUUCUUUAUUUUUGUAAAACCCACACACUGUGACACUGUGAGGAUUUUGCCUGUGACAUACUGGUGCAUGAUUUUCCUUCUGGUUGUUCUGUGUUUGAAUUUUGACACUGGUUGUGGUCCUUAAUGCGGAAAUUAAAAUACUAAUGAUCUGAGAUAACAUGCAGAAAAUGGGGCAUUGUUCCCUACAAUCAAUUGACCGUGAUUUUGCUGUGGAUGUCAUUUGGAUACAAAGUACAAGGACUUCAUUAGUGGAGAAUGACCUAACUGCAGGCAUAAUAGAACAUAUCUCUCAUGAUUUUUUAAGUGGCAACUAAAUAGGAUUGCUUAUUAUUGUAUUGUCAUGUUAAAAUGUUUCUGCAAAGGAUAAUUGGUUAAAGAUGAGCUGCAAAUAAACAUACAAAAGUUAAAUCUGGAAAUCUGAAUUAAAACAAAGUCUGGAGAAACUCAGCAGGUCAGGUGGCAACUGUGGAGAGAAGAGGAGAAUUGACAGUCAGCAGCAUCAGCAGGCAGUUCAUUUGGCCCAUUAUUGGACCAGUUGCAAGAAAGACAUUAUAGCCAUCAGGAUCCUAUCAUUGAUAAACAUACCCAGCUAAGGCUGGAGCCAGAAUUCUGAGAUGCGAUGGUGACAGCCGUGUGCAUGCUUAAACUUUUUCCAAUGCAGCAGAGAGCACCUUCAUUUUGUGGUGCUUGUGGGGCUGUCUUCGUACUUUAACAUUGCACCGCUCUCUCAGUGGGUUUGCCGGCCAGAACUGCAGCAAGUUCUCUGACGGAGCUUCCCAGCUUGCUUUUAUCAGACUGGGUUCCCAAUCCCCGACUCUGAAUUGAAACCAAAAUCAGAAAGGCGCCCUAACUAGGAAAAUCUAGCUCAACAUUUCUGCUGUUUGUCCAUCUAUGAAAGCUGACAUAGCAUGAUGUGACGACAAUCCAGUUUGAGGAACACUAGAUAUCUGGAAGAUCUCUGUAAUCAUGAAUUGAUCCAAAACAUACUCUCUACACCAAUGUCUGUACCUGGUGACCUUUUGUUUCUGAAAUCAGUAGAAUAUUUGACUCUGAAAGUGUUUGAAGUACAUCUGAUGUAUUAUGAUGAGAUGAUUAAGACUCAUUAACAGAUUGAGCAGAUGCAAUAGAUUUAGUUUUAUACUCCUUCAUCCAAGCACACACAAUCAUUUUUUUGCUCAUUUUCCAAUUCAAUUUUAUGUUUUCUCUGAACCCCAAUAAAGCAGUUGAUUCUAAUUGAGGCACGGAAAGCGUAGCUAAAUGACCCUUUUACUGGACUAAUAAUCCAGAGAAUGUGAAUCUGAAUUCCACCACGGUUCUCAAGGAAAGGAAAGCUAUCAUUCAUUACCUACAGCUGAGGGUGUUUAACACAGUACACAAAGGGAACUUAACCGGUGACAUUCUCCAUCUGUCCCAUAAUGCCAGACUGGGAAGUAUAUUUAUUAUCCUUUCCAAUUAAAAAUGUAUAAUUUAUUUGUGCUAUUGGUCAUUUAGGUUAUGUUGUCAUUUUCUGCCUAAGUGAUAAUUCCAUUGUUUGCAAUGUAGUUUAUGAUUUUUUUGAAAGAGCAAUUGGCAACCAUGGCAACAUUAUUUUUUCCAAGAGAUGACAGGUAUACCACAAAGUUAUUGAAUGUGUAUUAGCACUCAAAAUCUUAGUGAUUUUAUUUCUUGCAAAUCACUUGUGGGUUUACCGAUUUCUGAAUGUUAGUUAAAUCCUCUCUUUUUCAUGAGUUUUGGGUGUCAUUUAUAAAGCUGUUAUUUAUUGUCCAUUCUUAACUGCUCUUUAACUGACUGGCUUAAUAGGCUACUUUCAAGAGCAGUUAAGAACUGUGGAUCUGGAAUCACAUGUAGGAUAGACCAGGCAAGGAUGGCAGAUUUUCAUCUCUAUAAUGGCAUUAGUGAACCAAAUGUUUUUUUUUUAACAGUAAUUAGUAGUUUUAUGCUCAUUGCUAUUAAGAUGAGCUUUCCAGUUCAGAUUUAUUAAUUGAAUAAUUCAAGCUGAUGGAAUUUUAACACAUUCUCAAAUCUGCAGUAUAAACUCAAGUGGUAUUUAAACCCAUGUGCACAGAUCAUUUAUUUGGGUCUCUGGAUUAAGAACCCAGUAUCAUUCCCAAUAUGCCUCCAGCUCUCCAUUAUCAGUUUGGACAAGUAGAAUGUGGUAAUUAAAUUCUUCCUCCACACCCUCUGUGUUCAGUAAUAAGUUAAUUUCUGGAAAAUGAAGGAAAAUUUCUGGAAUACUCAAACCUUCACAUUUGGAAGUUGUUGGUCCCAACAUUACCGCUGUGGCUCAAUCACCAAACUAGGAGUGAAAGAACAACUUUCUCAUGUUGCUCUCGGGCAUUUGUUUAUCUGCCACUUUCACAUACCUGACCUGUUGCUUGCAUAGACAUCAACAUAUUUGAUAAUGAACAUACAAAAAUCACUGAAAGCUGAUGGGAAGCUACAAAAACAAAGUGGAAAAGGGUCACGAACUGACUUUUAUCUCAAGUGGGAUUGUAUACAAAGGGUGUAAGUUAUUUUCAAAUCACACAGACCUCUUGUUAGCUCCCGUUUAGGUUAUUUUGGUUAGUUUUGGGUGUUGCACUUCAGAAGCAAUAUGUUGGCCAUUGGGAACGUGGUGAGGGCAGCGCAGCACUGAUCUACCAGAAAGAUAACGAGACAAAAAUAUUCAAAUUCUAUUAGUAUGUUGCAAAGACCAUGCUUACAUUCCCUUGAGUAUGGAAGAUUACAUAGUGAGUGGGUGAAGUGUUUCAGAUGAUUAAAGAAACUCAUAGUCUUGAAAGACAAUUAUUUCCUGUAGUGCAGGAAAUUUCAGAACAAGGAGGCACAUGUUUAGAAUUAGACCUCAGCCAUUUGCUGAUGAGAGGAAACUUUUUUUCCCACUGUAGUAGAAAUCUGGAACUCUCCAUUUCUUAAAAAAAACUUGAGGCUGGGUGGGGGAAUACUGUGUGUUAUUGGGGUUGUAAAAUUAACGUUGUAGUUUCUUUGUUAAGCAAGGUGUGUUGGGAGUUAUGGAAGCAAAGGGAGUGGAUGGAAUUAAAGGUGUGAAUCAGCCACGUCCUAGUUGACUGGUGGAAAAGACUCAAAGGGAUAAAUCCUUCGAGAAACCUUGGCACCAAGUGUCCUUCAGAUGAAGGAUAUUUUCAGUUUUUAGAUACACUUUAAGAUCUUUCACUAGUCAUCACACAACCAACAGCAGAAUGUUCAUUUAAUGCUUGAAUUUGGUAUACCCUAAUCCAUGGGGGAAUGGGUUCAUUUUAUCUUUAUCAAAAAUCCAAUGGUAUCUGUAAAUCUUUUAUUUUCAUUAUCUGGGCACUCAUUAUUCUUUGUCUUCAUUUGUUGAUACCCUUACCAUUUAUGUCCAUUCAGGCGGUUUGGUAAAGAAGCUUUAUUUGCCCCAAAUAGACCGAGAAGUGAAUUUUUUGUUUCCAAAGGGCUUGAAUGGACCCAAACAGACCUGUAGGCAGACAGAGCUCAGGCCUUUGGAAAACAACUUUGCUUUUAGAUUCAUUCAGGCCAAGCAAAGUUUUCUUUUCCCACAGAGUGCUCAGAUUCAGCAUAUCUACAGGUCUGUUAUUGAAAAGACCUUUGGUGUUUAGGUGUUUUCGGACAUGCGGAUAAAAGAUACUCACUCUGAGUCUGCAGUGAGAUACAAUAAAAUGCAGUCCAGUAAAGCCUCAUGAUACUUGGGUUUACCAUCUCUAGUUUGAUACAUUCCUGGAUAUUUAAUCACGUGACAUUAUCACAUUGCACUGUUCUGUUUACUUUAUCAUCAAGCCCUGAAUGAAAUAUGCAGUAUUCCAAUUGCAAUGAGGAGCUCAAUAGAUUGGCUUCCUGGAGCCAACCUAUUUGGAAAAUUACACUGGAUAGAAAAUCAUGUGCUAGAUAGAGGUCAUUCCCAAUAUGCAAUUAUAACAUUUGUAAAAUAAAAUAUAAAUACUUUAGACAUUAGAAAUCUGAAAUAAAAGCAGAAGAUGCCAAAAACGUUCAACAGUAAACUUUCACAGAGUGACCUCUUCCUUUGUUUUCCUGGUUGUAUUAUUGCAGGAUAUUCAUCUCCACUACCUUUCAGUCAGACUGACCUCCAAAACACAACAUUCUGUUUAUUCUGUAGGGAUUCUAUGUAUGAAAUUUUAAAGGGCACUGACCACUAAGUUUUCAAACUCACUGAGGGAGCCCGCAGGACUGGGGUCUUACUAAUCACACUGGAAGUGGUGAAUUUGAACAAGGUUUACUCUGUCUUGCUAAAGGUUGGGUAUUGCUGUAAAAAGACACAUUUGGUUAAACUUUCUGUCGUGUACUUACCAGAACAAUUUACAAAAAAUAACAGUCAAGGGAGAGCAACAUUUUUUUACUAUUGUAUAUAAGAGAGUGCUGACUGGUUAGAAAGGGUGCAGAGGACAUUUAUCAGAAUUGACCUGGGCUGGAGGGGCUAACCUAUGAUGAAAGACUGAAUAGGCUGUGGCUGUUUUCCUUGCAGCAGUGAAGGUUGAGAGGGGACCUAGUAGAGGUGUAUAAGUUAUGAAAGAUAUGGACAGGGUGAAUAGGAAGGCGCUUUUUCCAUUAGUAGCAAGGUCAAUAACUAGGGGUGUUGUUUUAAGUUAAAAGACAGAAGGCUAAGAAGAGGGUUCAGAAUUGUUUUUACUCAAAGUGGUGAGGAUCUGAAACUCACUGCAUAAAAGGGUGGUUGAGUGGAAAACUUUCUUAAGAGUCUUUAGAUAUUCACUUGUGUUCCAAUACUCUCCAGGGUCAUGGACAAAAGCUGGGAAAUGGGGUUAGUGUGGUCAGAUUUUGUUAUUUAUUAUAGGUCAAGUAGCCUCCUUCAGUGCUGCAAGUGUCAAUGGAAGUGAAUGCUGAUUAUUGGAGAUGUCACCUUGGAGCGCCCACAAUAAGACACUUUGACAAAAUGUCUUUUUUUCAGCAAUACUCUACUUCAAAGGUUGUUGUGAAGAGUUUUGGGACAUCUUAUGAUCUGUGAUUCAAUGAUCCAAGGGAAGUCAAAGACUCUACAUAAAAGUAGUUUUUUCCUUUCUUUAAUUCUGUGAUUGAGAACCAAAAGUGAAAAGUGUUCCAUUCCCUGUGCUGACAUUUUGUUGAGCACAGAAAAAUACUGGAUAGCAUUGAACUGCUGGUAGAAAUAUUUUUAAGACUUAACUUCUGUGCUAUGUCUUCAGCGAUUGAAGUUGAGUAUUACGUAUAUAUUAACUGUGAAACUAAUUUAAUCCAAGGUUUCUGUAUGAUUAGAGGGAAAAUGAAUUUUAAGUUGAAAUCUUCAGCUUCAGAUCAGAUGUGCAUUUAUUCCAAUUUCUUUGUGGUGUUAAUGAACUCUGGGGUAAUUAAAUAUUAAUAUACAUUAUUUCUCCUUCA